CCAACAGGAAAGGAGAAAAGGAGGUCAGCAGAACUGACCAGGAUCUUUGUUUCCCUUAGAUCACUACGAAAUCCACUUGAACACCGCAAGUAUCUGCUAAAACCGUCGGCCCUCUAAAAGAUUUCCCUUCUUUUGUUUCUGUUUCCGUUUCUUGGAAUCGCAAUCCUCGAAAAGCAAUGGACCCACUCUCCGCCCUCCGCGACUUCACAAUCCGGGGCGAGCUCGACAAAAUCGUCCGAGUCAACGACGAGUUCCGCUUCGGCACCGACUAUUCCUUCCCAUGUUCCGGCGAGACCGCCUACCGUUCCAAACAAGGCAACCUCUACACUCUCGAAACCUUGGUUUUCUACAUCCAAAACCACCAUCUCAAGCACACGGACUACAUGCACAACUCCCUCUCUCUCCGCAUCCCCGCCGUCACUUUCACCGACCGUAAACCCCUCCUUGAUUACCUUACCGGAAAAGUUUCCACCUCCGAUUCCAUUGUUUGGAACCCACCGAAGUUCCCCGACGAGUUUCGACCCGAUCCCUCUGGGUUCGAUCCUGAUAGCAGUAAACCCAAAGGUAAUAUCAAUGAUGUUGUUUUGGAUGAAAUUGGAGAUAUUCAUUUCGAUAUUAAAGAUAAAGAGACAGAACUUGCGGAUUAUAUGGGAAUAAUUCGAUCAAUUGAGAAGCCUUUGAAGGAUAGAGAAGGGAUUCUGGAAUGUAAAAAUAGGGAUUUUUAUAGUGUUCUUGUUGCAUCAACGAAAAGGGAAGAAGAAAGGCAGAGACUUGAGUCCCAGCAGAGGAAAGAUGGGUUAGUUGCUAAGAGUAGAUUAAUGGGGGCUGAAGAGAGGCGAUUGGGGUUAAGUUAUGGGGAUGAAAUGGUGGGAUACGAUUCGAAGCCGAAAAUGCAUUUGAAAGGGAGCAAAAUUGGGGAAGGAGUGCCUAUUAUUUUAGUGCCCAGUGCGUUUCAGACUUUGAUUACUAUUUAUAAUGUGAAGGAGUUUUUGGAAGAUGGGGUUUUUGUGCCUACUGAUGUGAAAGUGAAGCAGAUGAAAGGGGCAAGACCAGAGUGUGUUACUGUGCAGAAGAAGUUUAGUAGGGACAGAGAUAGGGUAGUAACGGCGUAUGAAGUGAGGGAUAAGCCUUCUGCUUUGAAGCCGGAAGAUUGGGAUCGUGUUGUGGCAGUAUUUGUGUUGGGGAAAGAGUGGCAGUUCAAGGAUUGGCCUUUCAAGGAUCAUGUGGAGAUUUUUAACAAGAUUAUUGGAUUUUUUAUGCGAUUUGAAGAUGACAGUGUAGAGUCUGCUAAGAUUGUGAAGCAAUGGAAUGUGAAGAUUAUCUCGAUUAGCAAAAAUAAGAGACACCAAGAUAGGGCUGCAGCGCUGGAGGUCUGGGACAGACUAGAAGAAUUUGUGCGAUCACGAUCACAUUCCUGACUGUGAGGCUUUUAGGAAACAUCUAUAUGUACGUGUUUGAUGUUCAUGAGCUAUGACCUUCAUCCUGGAUGUAUCUUUGAAUUUGUUUAUGUAUUUAAGAAUAUUGAUUAUCUUGUUAUGACAAUUAGCAAUCUUGUUACUUUUUUCUUGUGAGGGGUGCAAUGCUGAUCAAGCUGCAGUAUAUGGUUGCAGCUUCAGAAUUAUAAUCGUUUGCAAUUGAUGAUAUGUGUGCAGAGAGCAGAGGAUGUCCCUUGACCUUUUUGAUUUUGACAAAUGUAAAUUGUGGAACAAAUGUAUGAGUGAAAUAUUCUUUUUAGAUUGAACCAUUUAGGGCAGAUAUCUGGGGGCAAAAUAGAUGGAUUCAUUAGGGUGGAGUUAUUUUCUGGUCUAUUUAUGUUAAAUGUUUUUAGGGUAAAACAUUUAUAAGUGGAUUUUUUGUUUUGCUUUCCAAUGUCCAGGUACCGUUCUUUUGUGUAGAAAUGUAACAUGAACAAGCUACACAUGGUUCAUACUUGCCCUGGCAUUUAACUU